AUGGGUUACAAAGAGGGUUCAGGGGUGAGCUGCCAGGGAGGCUGUCAGACCUGCUCGGUUUACAAUGGCUGUCUGACCUGCAAACCCAAGCUUUUUAUUCACCUGGAGAGGGGGAUGAGGCAGAUCGGUGUGUGCCUGUCCUGCCCUAAUGGUUUCUACGGCACACGUUCCCCUGACCGGAACGACUGCAUAAAGUGUGGGUCAGAGUGCGACUCAUGCUUUAACAGGAACUUCUGCCUGCGCUGCAGAGCAGGCUCCUACUUGCACAAGGGCAAGUGCAUGGAGAGCUGUCCAGAUGGGCUGGUUUCCAGCGAUACCAUGAAAGAGUGUGUCCCUGCAUGUCCUGCAGACUGCGAAUCCUGUCAGAACAGUGACACAUGUACGAGGUGUGCACCAGGACACUUCUUACUGCAUGGACAAUGUCAUCACGUCUGCCCAGAUGAGUUUGAGCCCAACGACUCAAUGGAGUGCAUCCCGACAGUGCACUGUGAAGUGAGCGAGUGGAAUGAAUGGGGCCCCUGCUCACGCUCAGGUAAAACCUGUGGCUUCAAAUGGGGCGAAGAAACAAGGACCAGGACGGUCCUACAGAAUCCCUCUCCAAUGGGGAGCCCAUGCCCAGCAACUUCUGAAAAGAGGGAAUGCCUUGUAAAAAGAAGAAGAUGUAAGCCAAAAGGUCAGCGGCGGGGAGAGAAGAAAAAACGCUUCAACCUGCAGGAGAAAGAGAACGGCGAGGCCCGUCGAGAGAGGAAGAGAGAACGAGAGAAGGAGACGAUCGACCGAGAGGAUUCAGAAAGCCGGAACAAAACAGAGCACCGUCCCCGGAGGGACCAGAGCAGAGACGCUGGAACAGUAUAGAGAGAUGCUGCUCCUCACUGCUCCUCUGCCUUUCUUUCCCCUAUCAGUCCAUGUCACCCCCUCACCCUCUUAACCCCUCGCCGAGGGGGUGUUGCUGCUACCUGUAUAAUUUAAACGUAUACUGUAUAUGCACAUGAGAGAGGGAGCGCUCGUCAUCCACACCAUUGCAGACAUUGAGGACACCUCGUAAACUUCAGAGGGCACCCGUCAGCCCCCUAUGCGCCCGGUCUGGUGCUGGAUUGAGGCAGAACUGUGUAACGUGGGGCCGUUGCGGAUUGGAAUGAUUUUUUUUUCUUUAAAGGGGGUCCAGGUACAGCGCUGUAUCAUGGUUUGAAUGUAGGUUUUUGAGACAUUAAAGUAGACUUGUUGUAUAAACAUCUGUUUUGUUUUUUUGGGGGGCUGAGUAAAUUAAAAAUGAGCAUGCUUACUGCCACCGCGGACAUUGCCUGCCGCCAGAGGCUGAGAGACUGCAUGU